CAUCUUCAUCUUCAUCUUCAUCAUGUUUCGUACCAACACCAGCAGGAGGAUGGACAUAUGACGUUUUUCUAAGUUUCAGAGGAGAAGACACUCGGUACAAUUUUGUAGAUCAUCUUUAUGCGGCUUUGGAUCGGAAUGGAUUAACUGCGUUCAAAGAUGACAAGAUGCUCCGGGUAGGGAAAGAGAUCUCUCCAGAACUCAUGAAAACCAUCCAAGAGUCAACGUGUACGGUGGUUGUUUUCUCCAAAAAUUAUGCAAACUCUUCAUGGUGUUUGGCUGAGCUCGCCAAAAUCAUGGAAUAUCAUAAUCAGGAGGAGCGAUUGUUGAUACCAGUGUUCUACCAUGUUGAUCCAUCCGAUGUGCGUGGACAGAAGAAAGACUUUGGGACUGCCUUUCAGCAGCACGAGAAGAAGUUUAAUGAAGAGAUGGAUAAAGUGAAGGAGUGGAGGCAAGCGAUCACUGCAGCCGCCAAUUUAUCUGGUUAUUAUAUCUCGAAAACAGAGGGUGAAUUUUCCUUCGUCACCAAAAUUGUUCAAGAUAUAUUAGAACGUUUACGGCCUCAUGUUACGGAGAACAAUCUAAUUGGUAUCAAGUCCCACAUCGACAAAUUAAAGUCAUUACUGGAUUUAGAAGCAACACAAGAGGUGCGAAUUGUAGGGAUAUGGGGAAUGGGAGGAAUCGGCAAGACAACUAUUGCCCGAGCUUUGUUUGGAGGAAUUCGUCAUGAGUUUGAUGGUUGUAGCUUUAUUAAUGAUGUCACAGAAAAUGGUUCUAGUAAAAGAGAUAUAUGUGCCUUACAAGAAAAAAUUCUUAAGGAUAUGACACACCACGAGUAUAAGAUUACGGAUCAAGAGGAAGGAGCCCAAAUGAUAAAAAAAAGAUUUUGCAAAAAGAAGGUUCUUCUUGUUCUUGAUGAUGUGGAUCAUGAGAAUCAAUUAGAGUUCCUAGCUGGAACACAUAAGUUGUAUGGUAAAGGAAGUAGAAUCAUCAUAACCACUAGAGACCGGCAGGUGUUAGAAGAUGCAGAUGCCAUCUACAGCCCUGAUUUUUUACCUGAGGAGCAUGCUAUUGAGCUCUUCAGUAGGCAUGCUUUUAAGGCAAAUAGCCCUCCAGAGGAGUAUAAGGAGCUGUCAAGCCGUGCAAUACGCUACACUGGCUGUCUUCCUCUAGCUCUGAAGGUUUUAGGCUCUUUCUUCCGCGGAAAAAGAGAAGUAAGUGUAUGGGAAAGAAUUUUGAAUGAGUUAGCCAAAACAGAAAAUGAUGAGAGUACAGAGACGCCAUUUACCCAAAAAAGACCAGGUAUUUUUGAGACGCUGAAGAUCAGUUUUGAUGGGCUGGAGGAUUCUGAGAAAACCAUAUUCCUAGACAUUGCAUGUUUCUUCAAGGGUGGAGAAGAAAAACAUGUGACUAGAGUACUCGACUGCUCUCGUUAUGACCCAACAAUAGGAAUUCGCACUCUUAUCGAAAGAUCUCUCAUAACCAUUUCAAAAGGAGAUAUACACAUGCAUGAUGUCCUUCAAGAAAUGGGUUUGGAAAUUGUUCGUAAGAGUUACCCAAAUAGUAGGCUAUGGCGAUUGAAUGAAAUCCAUGAUUUCAUCACGAAAAACAGGAAUCUAGAAGCAGUUGAAGCCAUAGUGCCGACAUACUUAUACGUGAAUGUGGGUCUUAGUGCUUCUGUUUUUGAGAGCAUGAAGAAUAUUCGGCUAUUGGAUAUCUACAGGAAUUUCACUUCUUGUAAACCUACAACUCUCCCUGAAGAGUUACAAUGGCUUAGUUGGGAUCAAUACCCAUUUUCUUCUCUGCCAGUAGCAAACCUGCGUAAGCUUGUUACUCUUGACAUGUCACGGGGUAAACUCGAACAUUUAUGGAUCGGGUAUAAGGUUAUGCCAUAUUUGAAAUUCAUUCACCUUGAACGUUUGGAUUGCUUAGAAAGCUUUCCAGAUGUCUCAGGAGCCCCAAAUAUUGAGAGGUUGAUUUUGAAGUUAUGUGGAAAUUUGGUGGAGGUUCAUGAGUCUCUUGGAAGUCUGAGAAAGCUUGCUUACUUGAGAAUAAGCCAUUGCUGGAAACUGGAGUAUCUCCCACCCUUGAUUGACAUGCCAUUAUUGGAGACUCUAGAUCUCUCUCAUUGCUGUAAUCUUAAAAAUUUCCCUAAGGUCUGUUCGGGUAUGGAAAAACUAUCAAAUAUAAAUCUUCACAACUGCCCGCAACUGCAAAAAUUGCCAGAGGAGCUUGGAAGCAUGGUAAACUUAGAAGAGCUACGGCUAAGUUUUUGGGAUCAUUCUGCCAACCAAAUUUCAUGCUUUAAUUUUCAUACUUUGCCUAAGUUGUUCUUGAGAAAAUUAGAUCUUAGUUGUAGACAAAUCGAAGACCAAAAGUUCCUCAAUAAUCUUCAUGCAUUUUCCUCCUUGGAAGAAUUAUGUCUUAGUGGCAACUCUAAGUUACUCCACUUACCCUCAAGCAUCUCUCACCUUUCUCGUCUUAAACACUUAGAGUUGAAUGAAUGCCAGCAACUUCGAAAUAUUCAAGGGCUGCCAUCAGGAAUACAAAUAUUGAAGGCAACCGACUGUAGAGUGUUGGAAGAGAUUGAAGAUCUAACAGAAGAGUAUGUAUGGCUGCAUAAGAUAUAUCUCCCCGGUUGCGAAAGACUCCUAGAGAACCAAGAGAAUCUUGAUAAGAUGUUGAAACAAGCCUUCAUUAAGAAACAACUAGCUGUAGAUCGCCGGUUAAGUAUCUGGAUUCCAGGAAGCAAAAUUCCAAGCUGGUUCGAACAUCAACAUCAUGGAAGAGAAAUAGCACUAAAGUUUCCUACCAAUCGACAUACCAAUAUCACGGGGUUUGUGGUAUGUGUUGUGUUCAGAAACGAGUGGCCAUUUAAGCAAACUGAAAUUGAAGAUUCGACACUAUCUAUCAUCUAUAUACCAAUCGGUGACUUUUGGAGGCAGAUGCAGCUGUAUGGUUUAAAACCAGAUGAUUGGUCUCCUUUGCUUGAAGGUAGAUGCUGUCUUAAUUUGAAUGUAGUUAGUAGCAGCAUUAGAGUUGAAAGAUGUGGGGCACAUAUAAUGUACAAAGAAGACACGGAAUCCGUCCAACAAAUCACUACUUCGAUCUCUGAUUAUCGAGACUUGGAAGAUAAACAUUUUGUUGACUGGUUCUUCUGGUAUCGUAUCGAGUUUAAAGUUAUGAACAUUGAUUUAUAAGUUCCCAAGGUACUCUACAUUUUACCUUUGA